AUGGCCUCACUACCUUCGACUACUCAACCAGACAGAUCUACCGAAAAGCCAGAGAAACCGCAAAGCUCCGGGAGCGAAAGCACGCAGCGGGAUAAUGACCGUGCCGCACGGGUAGACUCCAAAGUAAAGGAGGGGGAGAAGAAGCGAGGGAAGAGCAAACUGAAAUUUUGGAAAAAGUUCCAAGAGGGGCAGAAGAGCUCUUUCGAGUACUUCGCUGACUCUUCACCUAGCGACUGGUGGUUCGCGUCCACCGCCAUCCCCCUUCUUGCCGCCACCCUUGGCCCGCUUGCCAAUGUCUGCUCCAUUGCUGCCCUGGUUACCCCUUGGAGGCAGCAUAUGUACAUCGACAGCCAGUUCGUCGCUGAUUUUGACGGCGUGCCAUUCGGCGAUCCAAAAUGGUGUUAUUGGAUCAAUGUCGGUUCCCUAGUAUGCGGGUUCUUAGGGAAUCUGUUCCUCCUCUUCAACUUCACGCAACGUAUAAGAUAUCUUAUUGCCCUUCCGGCCACCAUCAUCUUUUGGUACCUCGCCACAGGCUUCCUCAUCGCGAUAACAGCCUGUAUGCAGAUCUACGCUCCCCCAGACCGCCCUUAUCAGACCUACACCCAAGGGUUCUGGUACGCCGUCACGUCCGCCGCGUUCUACCUGAUAAGCUCAAUGAUCCUGAUGGUCAACAUGCUGGGAUAUUUCCUCGGACACUAUCCGGACACCUUCGCUCUUACGGAAUCCCAGCGCACGUUGAUCCUGCAGACAAUGGUCUUCUUCAUCUGGCUAGCUGGAGGAGCCGCAGUGUUCUCUAAGAUAGAAAGCGACGCAGGACAAACUGGUUGGGCCUUUGCUGACGCUCUCUACUUUUGCGAUGUCACUGUCCUCACCGUCGGAUUCGGCGAUCUCUACCCAACUACCGAUCUCGGUCGUGGCAUUGUCUUCCCGUACUCGGUUGGCGGCAUUAUAGCGCUUGCUUUGGUCGUCAGUUCCCUCUACAAAUUCAUGCGUGAGAUCGGGGAGGAGAACAUCGUUCAAAGGCACAUUGAGCGAAUGCGGAAGAGCACGUUUGAACGCACAGUUACGAGCUCGUUCGACCUGCGUCAGCGCGAACACGAAGAGCAUCACCUCAUCCGAAAACGGGAUCUCAACAAAGAGAGACCUAGGAUUAGCGCUCCUUUGGAUGCAAGACAGUAUCGCACGGCAAUGGGUAACACGGUGAAGAGAGCCACGGCGAAGACGUCCAGCAUCCCGAUCCCCAACCCGCUGCAGAGGAACAAAAAGUCACGAUUGCUUCUACUGAAGGAAGAGAAGGACCGCUUCGACGCGAUGCGGAAGAUCCAGCGUCAAACUAACAAGUUCAAGAGAUGGUAUGCAUUGACGUUCUCAGUCGCUGCCUUUGGGAUACUCUGGUGCGUCGGUGCCAUCGUGUUCUGGCAAGCCGAAAAGGACGCCCAGGACAUGAGUUACUUCCAAGCACUCUAUUUCUGCUACAUCAGCCUGCUCACCAUCGGCUAUGGUGACUUGGCGCCCAAAUCAAACGCAGGCCGUUGUUUCUUCUUCGCCUGGAGUCUAAUCGCUGUCCCGACCAUGACAAUCCUCAUCAGCGACUUGGGCGACACCGUAGUGGCAAAGUUCAGAAAAUGGAGUGACGAACUUGCCGACUUCACCGUCUUGCCCAAGGAGGGGAUCUGGAGAGCUUACUUAGAUAAGCACCCCUGGCUGCUGAACUGGCUUCAAACCACGUUGGAAAAGCGCGCGGCAAAGAAGCGGUUGAAGAAGGGGUUCGGCACGAUGAAUCCAGACGAGGAGGGGCCAGAGCCCGACCAUUCUAAUGGUGAUCUUGAAGAGGAGGGCGAUAUCCAGGCCAUUACGUCGCCGAACAUACUUGCCCUCGCGCAAGAAGCAGAACAAGACGUCGCCGGCCAACCGCCCACCUACACCGCCCUCUCCCGCCGCCUCGCCAUGGCCAUCAAGCGUGUAGCUGCUGAUUUGCGCCUCCCGCACCCAAAGAGCUACGAAUAUGAGGAGUGGGUCGAGUUUACACGGCUGAUACGCUUCACACGAUCUACCGCCGGCGAGCACGGGGAGGGUGUGAUUAAAGAAGAGGAGGAGGAGUGCUUGGUGGAGUGGGAUUGGCUUGGGCCAGAUAGCCCGCUGAUGUCGGGCGAGUCGGAGAGUGAGUGGUUGUUGAAUAGGCUUUGUGAGAGUCUGCUCAGGUUGCAGAGACGGCAAGACGCGGCGUUAAGAAAGACUGAUGAGGCGUCUGUUAUGAGGGUGGACACGGCGAAUGGUAAUGGGUCGCAGAGCCAAGUGCUGGCUUCUGGCGCGAAUGGCAAUGGGUAUGACUAG